CAGCCUGAUGACUCAGCUGACCUGGGAGACGAGCAGGAGGACGAAGACCAACUCGAGGAUGAUGAGGGUUACGAUGACACGCCAGUGGGAAUCGAGCAGUACCCAGGUGACCGCCAUUCCUUCCCUCCCGAUGAUGAGCAGCGGGCAGAAGAGAAGGAAGAAGAAGAUGUGUUGGGUCCAGACGGGAACGGCGGAUACCAGCAUGUCUGUCGCUUGGCCACCGCCCUUGUUGCGCUGCGGCACCGAAUGUUUGUGCAGCCUCGGCAGGAGAGGCAUAUUAUCGAACUUUGGCAAAAGCUGACAGACGUAGACAAAGCUCCUCUCAGCCUUCCCCCCCGCCACGCUCCCAAGCUGAACAAGGGACGCUUCAAGGUCUCCAGGCAGCACCACUUGGAAGGGGUGGCCAGUGUAAAACGUUUGUACAUCGGGCGGGGCGCCGAGGAUGCGCACUCUCCGGACACAAGCAGGUUGAUGGAGGCCGUCUUUAUCGAGCUGUCGAGCCACAACAGGCAAGAGCGCAUCAUUUCGGGGUUCCGGCAGAGCCGAUGGUCGCUGAUAAUGCGGGACUACACGCGCAUUCGCGAGAACCUGUCCAGCAACCGGGCCAUCAAAGCUGCUGGCUGCAGCAUUCGCCUCUUGGAGGUCAACCACCGCACGCUCACUCUAUGGUUCAACAAGCGGUGUAAGGACAUGGCCAAGGCUGAUGUUGUUGCGACGGUGCCAGCACAAAGUGGAGCAGCGACGACAACACAGUCCCUUCCUGCAGCCAGGGAACUGAUGGAAGACAUCGCACAACCCCAUAAUGCACUCGAUUAUCAGCACCCAGCUGACACCUCUGGCCUGGCUUGCACACGGAGGGGGCCUGUGGUGCCAGAACUCUACCGUGCUGUUGUUGCUGCUGCUGCUCCUCCAUCAUCAUCAUCAUCCGCUGCUGCUCCUCCAUCAUCAUCCGCUGCAGCUGCUCUUCCUCCUCCUCCUCCUCCUCCUCCAUCAUCCUCUGCUGCUGCUGCUCCUCCUCCAUUGGGCUCCACCACCAGGGUACCACGCUCAACUGCUUGGUAUCGGAAAAAGAAGGCACUCAGCUUAGGUGGUAUUAUGGACAUCAACGACCUCAAGCGAACCGAGACAUUCAAGUGCAAACUCUGUGGGCAACCAAAGAAUAAAGAACAUGGCCACAGUCGCUACAGAAACGAGACCUUUUGCGCACGUUCGCAGGGGCGUUCGGUGGAGGAGUGGCUGGCUGAGAAGAGGAGCCAGGACACCCAAAGACAGAGGCAGACCCAGCACACAAGAGCAACCCAGCCACUUGCCAACCCACAGACCCCUGUGCCCAACCCACAGACCCCUGUGCCCAACCCACAGACCCCUGUGCCCAACCCACAGACCCCUGUACCCAACCCACAGACCCCUGUGCCCAACCCACAGACCCCUGUACCCAACCCACAGACCCCUGUGCCCAACCCACAGACCCCUGUACCCAACCCACAGACCCCUGUACCCAACCCACAGACCCCUGUGCCCAACCCACAGACCCCUGUGCCCAACCCACAGACCCCUGUGCCCAACCCACAGACCCCUGUACCCAACCCACAGACCCCUGUGCCCAACCCACAGACCCCUGUACCCAACCCACAGACCCCUGUGCCCAACCCACAGACCCCUGUGCCCAACCCACAGACCCCUGUGCCCAACCCACAGACCCCUGUGCCCAACCCACAGACCCCUGUACCCAACCCACAGACCCCUGUGCCCAACCCACAGACCCCUGUACCCAACCCACAGACCCCUGUGCCCAACCCACAGACCCCUGUGCCCAACCCACAGACCCCUGUGCCCAACCCAUACGCCCAUUCAGUGCUGCUGCUGCGGAAGAUUUUACCAAAGCCACCUCCGUAACCUUAAUUGGCCCUCUGUUUUUUGCAUUGUCCCUUUUCUACUGCUUUUGCAUUGUAUAGUUUUGUUAUUUAUAGUUUUGUUAUUGUAUAUUGUCUAUGUUAUAUUGUCUAUGUUUGCUCUGUGAAUUAAACAUGUGAUUUUAA